AUGGCUUUCCUCUUCAAAUCUAAGAAGAACCAGGAUCGAGCUCUUGCAAGCCGCGAUGGAAACUCUGGUGGUGGCUCCCAAGGGUCCAUCCAGAGCCAGCGCGAGAGGAUAGCCAGAGAAGAGAAGAGCGGAACCCAGCGCUCGACACCGACAGGCAGCUUGAAUUCAAUCGACCGUGAUGGAAGUGCUGGGGCUGGAAGCCCAGACCAAGGGUAUGGCCGCCAGCGAGGUGCCAGCCUAGAUCAGGUGCCGUCGCAACCACAGACAAGCGAUUUACCUCUUCGUAACGGUCCUCCGGUCUCCUCUCAAAACCAAAUGCCCCAACAACAGAUGAUGAACCCCAAUGCGUCGCUAUACCCCUGGUCACAACGGCGAUUGACCUAUACGUCCUCGCACCCGAGCCCGUUCCCCCGAUAUGGAGCCGCUGUCAACUCAGUGUCCUCCAAGGAGGGUGACAUCUACGUAAUGGGAGGCUUAAUCAACAGCUCAACGGUCAAAGGCGAUUUGUGGAUGAUUGAGGCAGGGCAGAACAUGGCCUGCUACCCUCUGGCAACGACCGCCGAGGGACCGGGCCCAAGGGUUGGACACGCAAGCCUACUUGUCGGCAACGCCUUUAUAGUCUACGGCGGCGAUACCAAAGUCGACGAAAUGGAUGUUCUCGACGAGACGCUGUACCUUCUCAACACCUCUACGAGACAAUGGUCGCGAGCCUUGCCUGCCGGCACCAGGCCGUCUGGUCGCUACGGCCACUCCCUGAACAUCCUCGGAUCCAAGAUCUACAUUUUUGGUGGUCAGAUUGAGGGUUACUUUAUGAACGAUCUCGCCGCCUUCGACCUGAACCAGCUGCAGAUGCCCAACAACCGGUGGGAGAUGCUUAUUCAAAACACCGACAGUGGUGGACCCGCCGUCGGCAAAAUCCCCGCUGCUCGAACGAACCAUUCCGUUGUGACAUUUAAUGACAAAAUGUACCUUUUCGGUGGCACCAACGGGUACCAAUGGUUCAACGACGUCUGGAGCUACGAUCCCGCCACAAACGAGUGGUCACAGCUGGACUGCAUCGGCUACAUCCCAGUCCCUCGCGAAGGACAUGCUGCAUCCAUAGUCGACGAUGUGAUGUACAUCUUCGGCGGUCGUACAGAAGAGGGCGUUGACUUGGGAGACUUGGCCGCUUUCAGAAUCACCUCGCGCCGCUGGUACACUUUUCAGAAUAUGGGACCGUCGCCGUCUCCUCGAUCUGGACACAGCAUGACGACUGUUGGCAAGGCCGUGGUGGUUGUUGGCGGCGAGCCAAGCUCAUCCCCCGCCAGUGUUGGUGAUCUCGGCAUAGUCUAUAUGCUCGACACCACGAAGAUUCGGUAUCCGAAUGACGCCCAAGCCGCGCAACAACCCGGAGGGCAACAGCGGAUACAGCAAGCGAGACGACCCAGCACCGCUGCUGAAACGAGGAACUUGCUGUCCCGAGAUGGUUCUGCCGGCCCGCCUGACCAGAGAAGGCUUAUUGGGGCGCCUCGCGACGGCUCGGCUGUAAACAGCCCUACCAAUGGAGUGCGAGGAUCGCCUAACGGCAGCGAUACGAACCCCGUAGCCGUCAACGCUUCGAAGCUUCCGAGAUCAGCAGCGGCUUCGCCUCCCGCAGGACCACCUCCUCAAGGCCCGACACCAGCAAAGCCUUCGGUACAGACUGGGAACCUCGCUAGAGUUCGCGGUCAGUCAUCAGAAAGAGAUGGUUCCGUGGGCGGCUCGCCGCAAAUUGCAGCAAGCCAAUCGCCAGUGAUUCGAGAGGCACAGGAGCCAGCUUCCAAGGAAGCAGAGAGCCCGGUCACCAACGGCCGAUCCCCUCAGCAAGUUACGAGGUCUGGCUCUGGCUCUGGCUCUGGCUCUGGCUCAAGGUCUGACUCUGUGCCUUCCGAAUCUUCUAAACCCAGGUCUAGGCAGGGCAGCAGGUCUCAGACCUCUGUGGAUAGUACGACUGAGCCGGCUCUGAAAGCAAUGCAAGCCCAGCAAGCCGCAGUACAACCGCCGCCGCCUCAGGUGCAAGCACCGCCGCCGCAACAACCGAUGCCGCAACAGCAGCUGCCGCAACCUCCAGUGCAACAACAGCAAGCCAUCCGCCCCGCUUCACCACCUCCUCCCACGCGCCAAGCCAGCAACCCAUUGUCUAGAAGAUCCUCAGGCCGCAACUCACAGACUGUGGCUUUGCUGAAGGAGCUGGAUACAGCUAGAAACCGCAAUGCUUGGUAUGCUUCAGAGCUUGAGUUGGCUCGCAAGGCUGGAUAUGUUCCCAAUGCGAGCCUCAGCCCCGUUCUUGACAGCAGGGCAGCCGAGACCUUCGACGACGAAGACAAGCCCCUGAUUGAGGCACUUUUGGCGAUGCGAACAGAGCUUGCUAACGUUCAAGCCUCCGUCGACAAGCAAGCUGUACUCGCUGCCAAGCAGAUCGCAGAAGCGGAGAAGCAGCGAGACGCUGCUAUUCAAGAAGCAGUGUAUGCGAAGGCAAGGCUCGCGGCCCAGAUGGGCGGUAGCGUUGCAAGCACUCCUCAGCUGGAUGGCGAACGCGAUGUCGACGACCGCUCCACGGAGAUCAGCAGGAAAUUGGCUUCUGCCCUCAAACACCAGAAAGAACUACAGGCACAGCUUGAGAUGAUGAAAUCGGAACUCGAUGCUGAGAAGCGCGCACGCCAAUUGGCUGACGACACCACCAAUGCCUCCCAGAAGCGAAUGAGCGAGCUUGAAUCGUACAAGACAAUGACUUCCACGGAACUCGAACAACUCAAGGCCGAAUUGCACAUGAUCCAGAAAGAGGCAAGGGAGCAAGCGGUUCAGUACACGGAAGCCAUGGCUGCUAUCCAGCUCAUGACGGUUGAGAAAGAGGACUUCGAGGCCAAGUACAACAAAUCCAUCGGGAACUCAAAGGAGCAGAACGAGACUUUUGACUCCCUGCGCGAGGCCAUGGCGGCUUCCGCCGAGAUGAAAGCACUCCUGGAGAGCAAGCUCGAGGAGGAGCGUUCGCAGAGGGAGAAACUCGAGUCGAAGCUCAGUAAGCUGAAGACGGAGCAUGAAACCCGCACAGCAGAGCUUGUGGCGGCGACUCAACGACUGCGUGAUGCCGAAGAGAUUGCCGAGAAGCACGCAAAAGAGGCCAAACUUCACCACCUGGCGGUACUCGCUGGUUUCGACAAGGUCACCGCAAGGGACAUUGGAUCCGACAGCAAGGCCGACACUGAGAGGCUCAAGGCGAUGCAGGACCAACUUAACGCAGCCAACAUUCUGGUUAAAAAAUACCAACAAGAGGCCGAUGCCGCAGCUGAUAAGCUUCGCACUGCCGAGGAGCGGAUCGCCGGCUUGGAGGUGUACCAAGAGCAGUCCAGCCGUGAAGGCGUAGCAAUCAGGAGGCAGCUCCAGGCGGCUUUGAGGGAUACUCAGUCUUUGCAAGCCAAGAACUCGGAUUUGAAGCACCAGCUCCAGAACCAGCAGCUAGAAACCAACGCGAUGACUGUGCAGCACAACACCUUGAAGGACAUUCUGGUCGAGCGUGGCAUCAGCCCCACCGGUAUGUCGCGCACCCGCAGUAUCGGCAGCCCUCGCGUCAACACACCCGACCAAGUACGCAUCCGGGAUCUCGAGGAUCAGCUCAACGCUGCUCUUUCCGCCCACGAAGAGAAUGCGCAGCGCAGCGCGGCUCAACAAGAGGCCAGCGAAGCCGCUUAUCGUGAGAAGCUCACCCAGCUUGAGAACGACUAUCAGUCUGCUGUGCACUACGUUAAGGGCACUGAAAAGAUGUUGAAGCAGCUGAAGGAACAGCUCGCCAGGUACAAGACGGAGAACACCAGACUCAAGUCCGAGAUAGAAACACUUGAGGAACGUGUUGAGAUGUCCACUAUGAACACUGGAGCCGCCCCCGCCAAUUGGGAGAGCGAACGCCACAUCUUGCAAGAGAAGAUCGAAGCACUCGAGGAAGAAUUGCAAGCUUCGACCGAAAAGCUUGAGGACCAGCUGAAUACGGUUAGAAAAGAGUUGACAGAGAGCAAAAAGCAACGCGAAGGCGCCCUCAAGGACGCCGAGGAGGCUUCUCGCAAGCUUGCCGCCAACCGUCGUGAUUUGGAGGAGCUCCAACAAGAGAACACUCUCCUUGAGCGUCGAGCUCAGGAUGCCGAGGAAAAGGUAUCGCUCCUUCUGGACCAAGUCGAGACAUCGGUCGACAGUUACCGUCGACAGAGCAGACAGGCACCGAGCAUGACGUCCGAGUUGACGGAGAGAGGCACCAACGGAACGAGCAUGGGUCAUCAGCGCCAGGAUAGCUCGGAUGCAGACAGCGCGUACGGGGCUGUCUCGGGUGGAGUCGAUGGACGCAAUAGUACCGCGUUGGACAACCUGGCAAACGAGCUCGAGACUCUGCGAACCCAUUGGGAAGCCACCAACAAGAACUACCGCCUGAGCAACACUUUCGAUUUCGAGGGCGCUGCUACCCCAACGCGCAAGGAGGAGGAAGUCGGGCUGGGUCUGAGCGAGAGCCUGGCUGACUGGCGCAAGCGACUUGACGUGGACGAGCAAGCAGAGAACGAUCGAGCGAAGAUGAAGAGCCGACCUGAUCGGCCUUAG